CUCCAGGCCCUGGCGGGGCCGGGUGUCUGCGACGGCGGCGGCGCAGCAGGAGGCGGAGGUGGAGGCGGAGGAGGGUGGCGUCCAUGCAGCCCGCCGGCGCUUGCAGGAGGAGGCCAUGAACGGGGACCCGACCGAGAGCGACUGGCAGGGGCUGGUGAGCGAGUACCUGGUGUGCAAAAGGAAACUGGAGAGUAAAAAGGAAGCCCUGCUGAUCCUCUCCAAGGAGCUGGACACAUGCCAGCAGGAGCGGGACCAGUACAAACUCAUGGCCAAUCAGCUUCGAGAACGCCACCAGUCCCUGAAGAAGAAAUACCGAGAGCUGAUUGAUGGAGAUCCGUCACUUCCUCCUGAAAAGAGGAAACAGGCUAAUCUUGCACAACUAUUGAGGGAUUCUCAGGACCGAAAUAAACAACUGGGAGAAGAAAUUAAGGAACUUCAGCAAAGGCUUGGAGAAGUCCAGGGUGACAAUAAGCUCCUGAGGAUGACAAUUGCGAAACAGAGGCUUGGAGAUGAAGAAAUCGGAGUACGGCACUUUGCAGCCCACGAGCGUGAAGACUUGGUUCAGCAGCUGGAGAGAGCAAAGGAACAGAUUGAGUCUCUGGAGCAUGACCUGCAGGCCUCUGUGGAUGAGCUUCAGGAUGUGAAAGAAGAGCGGUCUUCCUACCAGGACAAAGUGGAGAGGCUCAACCAGGAGCUAAACCACAUCCUGGGCGGCCAUGAGAACCGCAUCAUUGAUGUGGACGCACUGUGCAUGGAGAACAGGUACCUUCAGGAGAGAUUAAAGCAACUUCAUGAAGAGGUCAACCUCCUGAAAUCUAACAUUGCCAAAUACAAGAAUGCUCUCGAGAGACGGAAAAACUCAAAAGGCCAGGGUAAAUCCAACAGCAGUGCUCUGACUGGAGUCCUCUCUGCCAAGCAAGUUCAGGAUCUGUUGUCUGAGGAUCACGGAUGCAGCCUCCCAGCCACUCCGCAGUCCAUUUCGGACCUGAAAUCUCUGGCAACAGCCCUGUUGGAGACGAUCCAUGAGAAAAACAUGGUCAUCCAGCACCAGAGGCAGACCAACAAAAUCCUAGGGAAUCGGGUGGCUGAACUGGAGAAAAAAUUAAGAACUCUGGAAGUUUCUGGUUUGUGGAGUCUUCCAGGCCUGAGCUACAAUGUUUCAGUAGGAUUUGGGAGGGGCAAGGACACCAUGCUGUUCAGUGACCCCACCCUUCCCACCACGCAGAGGUCCAGAUCCCCAUUGCUGAAGCUGGUCGAGCAGCCCACCGAGCACAAAGCAGACUGCAAGGACGGGGAGGUUCAGACGCAAGAACAAGAUGAAAGUUGUGCCGCUGCCGAGGUGUUGACAGCGCUGGAGGAUGCUGGGAGGCCUGCUGUCAACUCCCCAGCAAACCAGAGCCACGGGAACCAACGCAAGCACUUUCAUCCUUCAUUACCCCAGUUACCUUCUGAGGAAGAAGGAAUAAACAGGCUUGGAAGGGAAAUAAUGAAACUGACAGAGGAGCAGGCAGCUGCAGAACCAGAAGGGGUGGGGGGAGAGAGUCCCGUGGAGGGUCUGAGGGACGAGAUGGGGCCAUCCCCUCGGGGCCUGGCCUCCGUGCGGCUGCUCCCCAAAUCUUGCCAGGACUCCUCUGAGUCCAGCCAGCCAGUGGCCCAAGCUCCCACUCUGGAAGAUGGCAAGGAGGCAGCAGAGGGCAGUGGCCCAAGGAGCACCGUGAAAACGUGAAGGGGACAGGAACCUGGCAUGGUGACACACCAAAGGCACUGGGGACCAUAGAGAAUUCAGCGUCAGACAGCUCUCUGAAGUUGCUUUCUCCUAAAACACCUCCAAGUCUGCAAGUGAGAAAAGAUGCGGAUCCUGUCGCAAACUGUGACUAUGCUGAGGACACCAGCAUGGUCUGAUUUAUUAAAUGCGGGUCCUCCAGUGUCAUCUCUUUCUGCCGGAGACGCGCUGCUGUGAACAUGGCCAGGCACGAAUCGUGUCCGCCAUAUGGCUGGUUUUCCGCAUCCGUCUUUCUGUCAGCGUUUGUUUUAUUAGAGAUAAGAUGUUUUUUAUUAGCAUUUAAUGUUGUUGAUCCAAAUUAUGGGAAGAGCUUGAAACCAAUGGGGUUUUUAAUCAGAUCUCCGUCUUUGUAAUGGUUAGGCGGCUGGAGAGAAAGGUGUAAUUGAGUAUAAUGCGUCCAGAGGGCCCGCCGCCGCGCUCCAUCACGCCAGGGCCCGGCAGGACCUCCCGUCUUGGGUGUUCUUGGCAUCCCGCCUGCAGCACUGUCUGUCGUGGCUCCGACUGGCAGGUGGAACGGGGCUUAAGCAGGCUCAGAAGGUUGGGCUUCCAGUUUGAAAUCCACAGCCCCUGUGGAGACCCGUUUGCUGACUGCUAGAGCUGAGUUUUCCAGCCUGUAAUUCUGGAGGAUUAAUCGACCUGGAUUGAUGGGGGGCUAAGAAUGGAGGAAGGGGACCCUGGGGGUGUGUUGAUUUUUUGUUUCUGAGAUGAGAUGAGGGCCAGAACCUGGAAAUAUUGCCUCUCUCAUUCAACCUGUGUUGCAUACAGGGUUUUGUGACCAUGCGCAAUCAGGGCAAGGUAUAGCUGCUUAAGGGCCAAUUUCCUGCCUCACCUGAAGCCUCGAGCCCUUCACUCCAACAGAACGUAAAGUCGGCCUCCUUUGUGCCCCCCUCCACCCCCAAGUACUGGGAUUUAAAAGACAAUAAAACAAAAUGACUAGAGUGGAGAGAGGAAAACAAAAUGACUUUGUUACAGCCUUGGGGGUGUGGGGGUACUACCGUGGAACCAAGUACCAGCUCCAAGUGUGGGAAAAGAGGGAGGGGUCCGCCCUACCAGGUUCUUUCCUUGGGGAUAAAAUUAGCUUUUCUUGGCAGGAUCUGGCGUUGCAGAAAAUUGAAGGCUCAUCAAACGAUAGAAUUUUCUUUGAGCUGAACUCAGUUUCUUUUCCCAGGAAGACCUGAUACCAGCUCCCAAAGCUCAAAAGGCCUCUGAGAACCAGAAUCGCUCCUUUGAGAGGCUCUUCUGUGGGGAAUAAAAAGAGGCCCUGGAGGUGGGAAAGGUUGGAAGUUCUUCCUAAAAAUCGGGUGUUUAUACCAGGGUUGAAAGCUCAGGCGUGAAACUGCACACGGUGGCCAGCGCUCCCUGACACAUCCCCACCCCACUUCAUCCCACGCCACUCUGGGGGCGGAGCAGCGUAGUAGGAAUUCGUGCUGUCUCGCUCUGCCGGGGGAAAGUGCAGGCAAGGAGGGCAGUCCUCUGCCACACGCACCGCAGAGGGAGCGUCCAGCUGCUUCCUUUCCACUCACCAGAGGUCACGCCGGUGGCACGGGGGCGUGGCCGAGCCAGUGCGCUGCUGCUGCUCCUGGGGAGCCGGACACCCCAUCGGCCCCUGCCCGCCAGGCCCGAGUGGCCCAUUCCUCCGGCUGCGCUCCAGCCUCCUCCUGCCCCGGCCUGCCCCCCGCAGCGCCCGCUCCAGGGAGGUCGCUUCUGCAGCUGCAGAGUGUACACAGCCCAGCAGCCACGGAAAUCAUUUUCCUGCUGCACUAGGCCUUAGCUGUGUGCAAACCUUCGGCACUACUGCAUAGGACGCUGGAGUCACCAAAGGAAAACAUAGCCAGACGUCAUACAAUAAUAAUAAAAAGAUAAAUCUCUUCCUGCAGAAGCUCUGGUUUUGACAUACAGUUAGCUUGGUGCACAUCUCUGGGGCCCAUCAUUAACCUUUUGAAAAGCAAGGUUAUUACAAUAAAUUCCCAGCACGUUCCAUCACGGACAACAAAAUUCCCGUGAGCUCCAGGGAGUCUGGGGUUGAGGGCAGGGAGGCCAUAGAGCGAUAACCUAAACUCUGCAUGUGCCAUCCGUCCAGGGAGCUUUUGUGUUAUCAGAUGGCAUUGGAGCCAAUGAGAUGAUCCUGAGGUAUGUGUAACCUUGACCUUGCACUAUACACACAUGGGACACUAUCCCACCUCUGCUAUCCCAACCCAACAUGGUUCUCGUGUUCCAUAGAUAUUAAAGAGAGUUUCA